AUGUUGUUGCCAGGGAAUUUGGUAUCAUAUAAAUCUAUUGAUACAGUUUGCGACGACAGCGAAGCAGUAAAUUUUCCCACAGAGUUUUUGAACUUAUUGGAUUUGUCAGGCAUGCCACCACAUAAUUUACAAUUAAAGGUUGGAUCUCCAAUUAUCUUGCUUCGUAAUUUGAACCCGCCCCGGCAGUGCAACGGUACGCGAUUAGUCAUUCAAAAAUUAAUGAAAAACGUGAUCGAAGCCAGGAUUUUAAAUGGCAAGUUCAGAGGUGAAAAUAUACUCAUAGCACGGAUUCCUAUUAUACCUACAGAUGUGCCAAUUCAAUUCAAACGUAUUCAGUUUCCGAUUAGAUUGGCAUUUGCAAUGACUAUCAACAAAUCCCAAGGUCAAACGAUGUCUGUUUGUUGA